AGCCGAGCUGAGCCGGGCCGGGCCGGGCCGCGCCUCCCAUGCGCCUGCCCAGCAUGUCCCAGCCCUUCCUGCUGGCGCCCAUCGCCGAGUGCGCCCCGGGGCCGCCCGGCGCCCAGCUCCGCCUGGCCGUGCUGGGCGCCCGCGGGGUGGGCAAGAGCGCGAUGAUCGUGCGGUUCUUGACGAAGCGGUUCAUCGGCGACUACGAGCCCAACACAGGCAACCUCUACUCCAGGCUGGUCCAGCUGGAGGGGGACCCCGUCGCCGUGCAAAUCCAAGACACGCCGGGGUGCAUCCAGGUGCAGGAGGACUGUGUGCAGGUGCUAGACUCCCUGUCCAGGUGUGUGAAGUGGGCAGAGGGCUUCCUUCUGGUCUACUCCAUCACAGACUACAGCAGCUACCAGUCAGUCCGACCUCUCUACCAGCACAUACGCAAGGUCCACCCAGAUGCCAGGACUCCCGUCAUAAUUGUGGGGAACAAGGCAGACCUCCUCCAUGCCAGGCAAGUACAGGCGAAAGAGGGACUACAGCUGGCAAACGAACUGGGCAGCCUGUUCUUGGAAAUCUCCACGAGCGAUGACUCCCAAGGUGUCUGUGAUGUUUUCCAGUAUCUUUGCAAGGAGGUCAGCAAACUACAGCAUGCCGGCAGCACGGACAGGAGGCGGUCAUCCAUCAUCCCUCGGCCCAAAUCUCCCAACAUGCAAGAUCUAAAGAGACGUUUCAAACAGGCUUUGUCUUCCAAAGUCAAAUAAGCCCCCUGAUGAGAUCCUGUGUGAUUCGACAGACUUUAUUUUUGUAAACUUGUUAAUAAAAAUCUUUAUUUUUGUACUAAAGCCAGCGGUAUGGAAGUAAGUAUGUUGAAGCUUGUCAUUUUCUUGCCAUUCUCACUUGUUUGACUGGUUGAGUUAUUUAAAAAUAAUAAAUAAAAAAAGCUGCAUUGCAACUAAAUAGA